GCCAACAGGUGUGUUAUACAACUUAGUAGGUAGACGGUCGCUCGCCGCGCGCGACGUUUCAACACUCGGCCAAAGCACAGUGAAUCAUGUCGGAAGUGAACGAGUGGUACCGGGGGCGGAAUGUGCUGGUGACGGGGUCCUCGGGGCUGAUGGGUAAGGUGCUGAUAGAGAAGCUGCUGUACAGCGUCCCCGACAUCGGCUGCGUGUACGCGCUGGUGAGAAGCAAGCGCGGGAAGUCCCCGGAGGCGCGCAUUGAGGACAUGUGGAAGUUACCGAUGUUCUCUAGAAUAAGAGAAGAGAAGCCGCAUGUGAUGAAGAAGCUGGUGCCCAUACCGGGCGACCUCGCCUACGACAACCUCGAUAUUGACAACGCGCUGCUUGAGACAAUCUACGAUGAGGUAUCAGUCGUGUUCCAUUUCGCUGCGAGUCUUCGAUUGGAAGCACCUUUGAAAGAGGGAAUCGAAAUGAAUACAAAAGGAACGUUGCGAAUACUCAAUUUGGCUAAGAACAUAAAAAAUCUUGCCGCGUUCGUGCAUCUUUCGACGGCAUUUUGUUACCCUGAUUAUGACAGACUGGCAGAAAAGGUACAUGACCCUCCGGCCAAUCCUCAUGACAUUCUUCAAGCUGCCAGUUGGCUUAAAGAAGACCAAUUGAACGUUCUGGCUCCGACUAUAAUGGGCAAACAUCCCAACUCAUACACGUACUCCAAGCGUCUCGCUGAAGGGCUUGUAAGGGAGUGCUACCCGGAAAUGCCCUGCGUUGUGGUGCGACCCAGUAUUGUGACGCCAUCUUACAAGGAACCUAUUGAGGGUUGGGUGGACAACCUGAACGGUCCCGUUGGCCUGAUGGUGGGCGCGGGUAAGGGGGUUAUCAGAACCAUGCACUGCUACGGCUACUACCAUGCGGAGGUCAUCCCUGUCGACAGAGCCAUAAACGCCAUCAUAGUCAUCCCCUUUUACACUGACAAGAAGAUUGACAAGCCCUCAGAAAUCCCCGUGUUCAAUCUAACAACCGGAGAUGAUAGGAGCAUAACAUGGAAAGAGGUUCUGGACGUGGGGAAGGCAACGGUCCGCAAGUAUCCAUUCGAGGGGCCUCUGUGGUACCCCGACGGGAACAUACGCCACAACAAACUCAUUCACGAGAUCUGUGUGUUCUUCUACCACAUUUUACCGGCGUACCUGAUAGAUUUCCUGCUACUCAUCUUUGGACAAAAGAGAUUUAUGGUGCGAAUACAGAACAGAAUAACGGUAGGUCUGCAAGUGCUGCAGUAUUUCACGACAAGGGAGUGGUGGUUUGACACUCACAACUUCAAAGCCCUAUCCAAACAUCUAAAUUCGAAAGACCAGGAACUAUUCCCCUUAGAUCUAAACGAAAUCGACCUAGUUCCGUACAUAGAGACUUGCAUGAUCGGCGGUAAACUGUAUUGCCUGAAGGAGAAAAUGGAGAAUCUACCCAAAGCGAGAUUGCAGAAUAAUAUACUGUACGUGCUGGAUAUUCUGGUGUCUAUAUUCUUCUACAUUUUCAUUGUUUAUCUACUGGUGAUAUUCUUCAAGCCUGUGCGUGAGGUUCUAGCAUUGGGGGAUCCAAUCGUUAGAUACGUACCUUUAGUCGGCGGUGCGGUGUUUAGAGAUCUAUAGAAAUACCAUUCACUCGUAGAGUCCAUCUUUUUCAGACGGGCCAUAGUCUAUUCGUGUUUUGUAUUUACUGAAUCUUUUUUGUGAAUGUGAAAAUUUACCAACGACUUAUCUAUAAUAGAAUAGGAUAUAUUACUGCAAUGUUUUCACGCUAG